AUGGGUUAUCCUGAUACGAUUCUGCCUUUCUCGUUACAGAUGGCAUUGCCCAGGGUCAUGACCCGGAUCCGGGAUUCGUCCUUGGUCUUGCCUAAGGUUAAUAUCCCGGGCCUACCCGAAAAAUGGAAAGGUGGCCGGGUCGAGAAAUUAGCCCAUUAUUUGGCCAACGUGGCUCGCGAUUACAGUGAAUCGUUUCAGGAGCUCUACAAAGGAGCUUUGAAUCGACCCCGAAAAGCGCUCGUCAUCAGCUCCACCCUCGGUUUAGGCUAUUAUAUGUACCACCACAACCCGAAUGAACGCACAUUCCGCGAUGUUUACUUGCGGCACAAUUUCGACAUCUCGUUGCUUGGGGAGAAUGUGCGGAAUCCGUGCUGCACUCGAAGUCAGGACUCAAUUGCGCGAUACUUCAAUUCGGAAGAGUUGCGACGUUGGAAUCUCGGUCUGUUCUCGAUUAUGUGGCGAGAUCACUACAGUGACAAGUGUGGUCAUGCCCUGGCCAAUUGCAAGUACACCAAAAUUGGCUAUUUCAAUUUUUGGGACCGAAUCGUGGAUGUGGGUGCUUUCGAUCGUUGGUGGUUAAUCUCGAGGAAUAUGAGGGACUUUGAUGUCAAUCCCGAAGAAUGGCAUCCUGAUGGAUCUCCGACUCGACCCAAUACGUUGUCUAUGGCCAUGCCGGAUGAAUGAUCAAUAAAUGACAAUUCCCCCUCCACUAACCCUGUAGUGUUUGAUAAAUUUGAUAGUCGCCUAAAACCAGUGCGUAAUUGCCUUUUACAG